AUGGUCGCCCAAGCUCCCUCGGGUAAAAAGCCUUUACCAGACAUGAUGACCUCGAUCCGAAUUGACAAGUCAGGUCAAGUUGAAAUUGUCGAUCAACUAUUACUCCCUCACUCAGUCGUUUGGAUCCCCAUCUCAACCCCCGAAGAAGCAUUCGAAGCUAUCAAAUCUAUGAAAAUCCGAGGUGCUCCCGCCAUCGCUUCCCUAGCAGCCCUUUCCCUCAAAUCAUCUCUUUCCUCCACCUCUCUCACCGAAAACAUCUCCUCCACGACAGAUGUAGUGAAGUGGGUAAAGGAGAAAUGCGAUUAUCUUCAAUCAUCUAGACCUACAGCAGUAAACCUAAGUGAAGCUAUGAACCGUAUUCGACAAUAUCUCAAUACCACCAUCACCGAGAAAGAUACGAAAGAAAGUGUGAUAGAUAAAGUACGAGAGAUCUGUCAGGACGUACAUGAAGAGGAUCUGGAAAGGAAUAUGCAAAUGGGUAAAUUAGGUGCUGAUUGGUUAUUCGCCAAAAGAGGGGGAAAGAAGGAUAAGUUGAAAGUGGUGACGGUUUGUAAUACUGGUAGUUUGGCUACUUCCGGCUACGGUACUGCCAUUGGAGUAAUCACAGCUUUAUACGAGCACGACCAAUUAGAUACUGCCUACUACGCCCAGACGACACCAUACCAUCAGGGAUCAAGAUUGACAAGUUUGGAGUUGACCACCUUACAGAUUCCCUCUUGUAUGAUUUGUGAUACCAUGCUCGGAUCGUUAUUCCAACAUGAAGAUAUUGACGGGGUGAUCGUCGGUGCUGAUAGAGUAGUCAAGAAUGGUGAUACAGCCAACAAGAUAGGUACAUACCAAGCUGCAGUCCUAGCCCAAAGACACAAUAUACCAUUUAUGGUCAUUGCUCCAGUAACUACUAUUGAUCUAUCUCUAAAAACAGGAAAAGAGAUUCACAUCGAACAAAGACCUUCGAUCGAAGCUACCCAAGUAAGAGGCCUAAACACCGAAACGGGUAAAUUGAGCGUUGUGAGAAUCACACCUGAAGGUGUAGGUGAAGGUGAUAAACCUUGGCAAAGGGUUUAUAAUCCUUCUUUUGAUGUUACUCCUGCAGAGUUGAUAAGUUGCGUGGUGACUGAGAAAGGAGUUGCGGAGAGGAAAGACGGUGAAAAGAGUAUAGAUGUGUCUUCGAUCUGUUAG